AUGUCGCCGCUGUGCCCCGCGGGGGGGGCGGCCGCCCCCCGGCUGCUGCUGGCGCUGCUGUGCGUGGCCCGGGCCGCCGCCCCCCCGCCGCCCAGCGCGCCCCCCGGGACGCCCCCCGCCCCGCACAGCGACUCCCCGGUGCUGUCCCUCAACCUGGGCCUCAACUUCAAGAUCAAGCCCGGCGAGGGCUCCGCGGGACCCCCGGAGGAGGCGCCGGCCCGGGGGGGCCCCCCCGCCCGCGGGGCCACGACCCCCGGCCCGGGGCGGCCCCGGGACAAGCAGCUGGAGCUGGACAUCGCCAUCGACCUGACGGCGGGGCUGGACCCCCCCCCGGGCGGCGCGGGGCCGGCCGUGCCCCCCACCAGCCUCCUGCGGGGCCCCCCCGGCCGCCCCCGGCUGCUGCCCGGCCUCUCGGAGCUGGCCGGGAGACUCAGCGCCGCCGGGUUCCUGCUCCCCACGGGGCCCCCCAGCAUCGGCGCCGAGGGGGGAAACGCGACCCUGGAGAUGGACGAGGCGGGGAGCGGCGCCGAGCCAGCGCCGUCCCCCGGCCGCCAGCCCUCCCGGGGGGCCGCGCCGCCGCCCGCCGCCGCCUCCGCCUGCACGCCGGGCUCCGCCUGCGGCUCGGGGGUCCCGGAGCCCGGCGGGGCCUCCCCCGCGCCCCCGUUCCCGUGGCCGCCCCACUUCGUGCCGCUGGGCGCGCCCUGGCCCGAGGCGGCGGCGCUGUGGGGCGCGGCGUGGCCCGGGCACGUCUACGGGGCGGGGGCGGCCUUCGCGCUGCUGGGGGGGCUGGGGGCGCUGCUGCUGCUCGGGGGGCGCCGCCCGGGGCUGGCGCGGCUGCUGGGGGCGCUGCUGGCGCUGGCCGCGCUCGCCCGCGCCUUCCCGCUCUUCUUCGACCCCUACGAGCUGGGGGGGCGCCUGCCGCCGCCCGCCGCCCGGGCGCUCUUCGAGCUGCCCUUCCCGUGCCUGGGCUGGGGGCUGGCGCUGGCGCCCCCCGCCGCCGGCCCGGUCCCGCUGCUGCUGGCGCUGGGGGUGCUGCACCUGGGGGGCGUCCUGGGGGCGGUGGGCGCGCUGGCGGCGCUGGGGGGGCCCCCGCUGCUGCUGCUGCUGCUGCCCCGCGCUCUGUUCGCCGCGCUGGCGGCCGCGCUGGCGCUGCGGGGGCUGCGCUGGGGGCGCGCCUGGCCGAGCUGGCCAUGGGGGGGGGCGCUGGCCGCGCUCGCCUUCGCCGCCCCCCCGAGCGGCCGCGCCCCCCCCGGCGGCCCCGCGGAGCCCCCCGAGGGCGGCGGCGGGCGGGCGGCGGGCGAGGAGGCGGGGGCGCCCCCCGAGUCCCCGCUGGACGCGGACGGGGACCCCACGGCCGGGUUCCGGCCCCCGUCCCCCAUCGACCUGCGCCGCUCCAUCGACGAGGCCCUGGGGGCGCCGGGCAUGUUCCGCGCCGGGAACGGCGGCAUCGGGGGCAUCCGGAUCGGCCUCACCGGCAACGCCGCGGGCGCCGGGAGCACCGGCAGCGCCGCCGCGGGCAGCGCCGGUAACGGGGGGAAAGCCAAGAGCAACGGGGUCGGCGUGCUCGGGAGCACCGGCAGCACCGAGAUCAGCGUCAUCAGCGCCGCCGGCAGCGCCCGCAGCGCCCCGAGCACCGGCAGCGCCGGGAGCACCGGCACCAGCAGCACCGCGCUGCCGGGGGGCGGCAGCACCGGGAGCACCGGCAGCACCGCCAUGCCCGGGCUGGGCGCCGGGAGCGCCAUCGGCACAGCCGGGGCCGCGGCAGCGGGCGGCACCGCGGGGGCGGGCACGGCCGGAACGGGUGGCACGACCGGCACGAAUGGCACGAAUGCGCAGCUGGCGCGGCUGGCAAACCUGGAACAGCUGGAGCACCUGGAACAGCAGGAACAGCUGGCAAACCUGGCACAGCCGGAACACCUGGGGUAG